AUGACAGCAGACACAAAAACCAUCGUUAAAGACUCAAGGAGUGGGAAGGAGUCUGUUUUCAGCAGAGAUAUAUUGCGAAAUCAUCUGCUGUCCCUUACACAGGGACUAAAUACGGAGUUUGUCAGCAUUGAUGUGAUUCUCGAUAAGGUCGUCAGUGGUCUUCCUGAAAGCCUCACUAUUCAAGAGCUGCUCGAACUGACAGCAGAAGUGGGUGCUUCUCUGACCACGGUCCACUAUGAUCAUUCCUACCUGGCAGCAAGAGUACUAGUUCGUCAUUUGCAAAAGCAAGUAUGUGGUAGUUUUUCAGAAAAUGUCAACCGAAUGAGAAAGUAUCGUCCCUCGCAGUACCGCAGUUUCAAAUCUCUCAUUGCUGCAGAUGUCUAUGAUGUUGUGAACAAACACGCUGAUGUACUGAAUAAUGCCAUCGAAUUUGAUAGAGACUUGGAGCUGGACUACUUUGGCUUCAAAACUAUGGAAAGAUCCUAUUUGCUCAAGAUGGAUGGGAGGCCGUGCGAAACUCCUCAAUAUUUGUUUAUGAGAGUCGCUGUGGGAAUACACAAAGGCAACAUAGAACGAGUUCUUGAAACAUACAGACUUAUGUCUCAAAAAUACUUCAUCCAUGCUUCACCUACUCUGUUCAACGCCGGUACAGAAACUCCUAAUCUGUCCUCCUGCUUUCUCCUCGCAAUGUAUGGGGACUCUAUAAAUGGCAUUUUUAGAACGAUUCACAGGUCUGCCCUCAUUUCGAAAGCAGCCGGUGGAAUUGGAAUACACGUUUCCAACAUUCGUGCUGCCGGCUCUUACAUUUCUGGAACCAAUGGUACAUCUAAUGGGCUUGUCCCUAUGGUCCAAGUCUUCAAUAGCACAGCAAAGUAUGUGGACCAAGGGGGCAAUAAAAGACCCGGCGCGUUCUGCAUGUAUUUGGAGCCGUGGCAUGCAGACGUGUUUGAGUUUUUGGAUUUGAGGAAAAAUCAUGGAAAGGAAGAAACUCGCGCAAGAGAUCUCUUUUAUGCUUUGUGGAUACCAGACCUAUUCAUGGAGAAAGUGGAGAAGGACCAAGAGUGGUGUCUUUUCUCUGAGGAUCAGUCACCUGGGCUCAGCGACACUUAUGGAGAUGAUUUCGUCAAGCUUUAUAACAGGUAUGAAAGUGAGGGUCGUUAUAUCCGCAAAGUGAGAGCCCAGAAAUUGUGGCAUGCAAUAUUGGUCGCUCAAACAGAGACGGGGAAUCCUUUCCUGCUAUACAAGGACGCCUGCAAUAAAAAGUCUAACCAGCAAAACCUGGGUACCAUUAAGUCCUCCAAUCUCUGUUGUGAAAUCGUUGAAUAUUCCUCCAGUGAAGAGACGGCAGUUUGCAAUUUGGGUUCUUUGGCUCUUCCUUCUUUUGUCCAAGAUAACAAGGGAGAGCGAAAGUUCAAUUUUCAACUGCUUCACGAUGUUUGUAAAACCUUGGCUCGAAAUUUGGAUACUGUGAUUGAUGUGGGGUCUUAUCCUUUGCCAGAAGCUAAGGUUUCAAACAAAAGACACAGACCAAUUGCUAUUGGUGUGCAGGGCCUGGCUGAUGUGUUUUUCAAGCUGCGAAUGCCAUUUGGUUCUCCAGAGAGCAGGAAAUUGAACACUCUCAUAUUUGAAACAAUUUACCAUGCAGCCUUAGAAACCUCAGCAGAGCUAGCCGAGAUUCAUGGGCCGUACGAUUCCUAUGCUGGCUCUCCAAUCUCCAAAGGGGUCUUGCAGUACGAUUUCUGGAAUGCUAAACCAAGUGAUUUGUGGGACUGGAAAGGUCUGAAAGCUAAGAUACAUCGAACUGGUGUCAGAAAUUCUCUAUUGGUUGCGCUAAUGCCUACCGCUUCGACGUCGCAGAUCUUCGGAUUUACAGAAUGUUUUGAGCCGAUCACCUCAAACAUGUAUUCAAGAAGGGUGUUAUCGGGAGAGUUCCAGGUUGUGAACAGGUACCUGGUCGACGAUCUCGUGGAGCUGGGGCUGUGGGGCCCAGAAAUGAAAAACGAAAUCCUUCGACUGGAAGGAUCCAUCCAAGACAUCGAGAGCAUUCCUGCCGAGAUCAAGGAGAUUUAUAAAACGGUCUGGGAAAUUCAGCAACGAGCACUAAUAGAUAUGGCUGCAGACCGUGCUCCGUUUAUUGACCAGUCCCAGAGCAUGAACUUGUUCAUGCGGAAUCCAACUAUGUCCAAGCUUACAAGCAUGCACUUCUAUGCAUGGAAGAAAGGACUGAAAACCGGCAUAUAUUAUUUGCGAACCCAAGCUGCUGCAUCUGCUAUCAAGUUCACAGUCACGCCCUCUGGGUUCAAAAGGAGUAUUUCUGAGUCUACGGACGUGACAAAAAGACGCAAGUCAAAUGGGAAUGAAGUAGCCGAAGGUUACAACAUUUAUGACCAAGAUAAUGUUCUUUCUUGCAAGGUUGGAGAUCCAGAGACCUGCGACGCUUGCUCCAGUUAA